ACUGAGCCCAGCUACUUCCGGACUCGGUGCAAUGGCUGCCGCCGGCUCCUUGGCGCUGGAUCUGGCCGUCUUGCCCAGUCCCUGUGGCUCGCGCUGCCUCUGCUGAGCCGAGGGUGCGGCGCGCUUGACCCAGAAUCGCGAGUGAGCGAGGGGUGUGUUCCUGGGGAUCCGGCUUUGAGGAUGGUGCCCGAGACACGACGAGCCUGCCCGACCCAGGGGUCUCAGGAACCUGAAGCGAGAGGCAGCGACGGCGGGUUUGGGGUCUUAGGGCCGCGAGUUCUGGGAUUCUGUCUGUGUCACCCAGGAAAGCUGUUGUCUACACCUGAUGGUAGAGCUUACCGCGCCGCCUUCCGCAUAAUGUGCGCGCCCUACACUGCCUAGCGCCACCCUGCCCUCCUGCAUCUGUCUCUGCAGCGAGCCGGCCGUGGGUGUUGAGGUGUCGCCAGAGCCCCAGGACACUAAACCAAGCCUUUCCUUUAAAACUUGUUGCAAGUCUAACCUCCUUGACAGCCUGUGCUUGAAAUCCUGAAGGAAUUGGACGAAUAUUACGAGAAAUUUAAACGAGAGACAGAUGGUGCCCAGAAACGCCGAGUGUUACACUGCAUCCAGAGAGCCCUGAUUCGGAGCCAGGAACUGGGCGAUGAGAAGAUUCAGAUUGUGAGUCAGAUGGUGGAGCUGGUGGAGAACCGGACCAGACAAGUGGAUAGUCAUGUGGAACUCUUUGAAACACAUCAGGAAAUCAAUGACACCACUGGCAACAGUGGCAAAGCUGGCCAAGAUAAGUCAAAGAAUGAGACAAUCACGCAGGCAGAAAAGCCGAAUAACAAACGUUCCCGGAGGCAGCGCAACAAUGAGAAUCGAGAAAAUGCAUCUAAUAAUCAUGACCAUGAUGACAUCACCUCAGGAACACCCAAGGAGAAGAAAGCAAAGACCUCGAAGAAGAAAAAACGCUCUAAGGCCAAAGCAGAGAGGGAAGCAUCCCCUGCAGACCUUCCCAUCGACCCAAAUGAGCCCACGUACUGUCUGUGCAAUCAGGUCUCCUAUGGAGAAAUGAUAGGUUGCGACAAUGACGAGUGCCCCAUCGAAUGGUUCCACUUCUCAUGCGUGGGACUCAAUCAUAAACCAAAGGGCAAGUGGUACUGUCCCAAGUGUCGGGGGGAAAAUGAGAAAACAAUGGACAAAGCAUUGGAGAAGUCCAAAAAAGAGAGAGCCUAUAACAGGUAGUUUGUGGACAUUCACUAGUAGUGGGGAAAACAGAACCAGCUAGUGUAUUUAUUACAUUGCCACCUGUGCUGAGGUGUGAGGAUUGUCAAAUGUGUUUUUUCAAGGAAUGUUGGAGAAGGCACCGUUUCCUUCACAGGGAUGGCAGUGACUCUCUCCACCUUUUGUUCUCACUGGUAUAUGUGUGUAAGAAGACAGUGGUCUAUGGAUCAGCAUUUUAGGAACUACAAAUAUAGGUUUCAAUUAAACACUUACGUGAGUCUCA